AUGAGCGCCCCCUCCCCCCUCCGGGUCAUCAGCCAGCAAACAGGCGCCAACGGUGCAUCACAGACGGUUCGGCAUGAUGGCAGCGUGGAGGUCUGUAGCACCCCUGCAGCGGACAGCACUGUGGCUGUCCCACCUGGUGCCUCUCUACCUGAACCGUCACAGCAGCCUGACGCUGUCGGCCGCCUUGAAUCCGAGCAGGCUGUUGCUGUGACAUCCAGAGCCAGACCUGAUAUUGCUAGAUCUGCAGCGGCAUUCGCCAUCAGUGUCCGGGAACAGUGCCACUUGUCACAGAGAACUGUCAACAGCGUCAUCUCGGGGGUGCAACAGUACCAAGCUGCUCUCCUUGACACACUGAGGGAGAGAAUCAGAAGGGUGUGCGCCGCGGCGUGGACGGGCUGUGACAUCACCUGCGCCGGCCUCAGGGAUUACUCAUCAGCGCACUUUGAUGGCAGACAGAUAGACACCCUCUGCCAGCUCGACCUUUGCAGAGGCUGGAGUUUCAGGGAAAGUCCCCCGCCCCAGAGCUCCUGUCGGGCUGCGGAGCUGGCACAGACCUGGGGACGUCUGACGGACAUCCAGAGGGAGGAAGUGGGCCUCAGACAGCGACACAUGCACCUAUUAACAGACGAGGAGCCGGCGGUGCUGCCUCAGACCCGGACACCUCUGCUGGAGCGGGACAUCCCACACAGACCUGCCAGGGACCAGACGGCUGCAGAGGACCCCAGACCUGUCAGACCCGCUCCAGCUCUGUCUGACGGAAACACAAUUCCUGGCUCCAGCCGUCUGCGUCCCGGUGCAGUGGUGGCUCAGCCUGUAGCCGCGGUCGCCCUGGAAAGCCUGUGGUCGUCAGUGGUUAACCCUGGGGUUGCUGUGCAUGCUCCACACAGAGCGGCGUCCAGUUUCCGGAGACUCUGA